GUUUCCGGUAAGAUGGCGGCGCCCAUGUGAGAGGCGGUGAUCGCCUGUCUCGGUGCCGGCGGCUGACUCUCCCCGUCCCCAGGUACAAGGUCCGCGGGACGAUGUGGGCUCAGUGCCGGCCCCUCCUGCUCGGCCGCUGUCGGCCCGCCCUCAGGAUCCCCUUCCGGGGCCGCAAGUCCCGCAACGACCCGCCCGCCAAAUCCAAGGCUGAUCGGCUGCGGGUCCCGACACCGGUGGAUCCGGCGGAGCUGCUGGUGGUGAAGGAGCGGUACCGGCAACACGUGGCUCUGAUCGGGGCCCUCAGGGCUGAGUUUAAGGAGGAAAUGCUACGCAAGCGUUAUGAAGAGGAAGUGGGCUCUCUGGCCGAGGAACGAGCACAGUUAGAAGCUGAAGAACAUCAGAAGCUCAUGGCUUUCAACAAUUUGGAGAAUGAACGACUCCGAAAAAUACGUGAGGAGCGACUACAAAGAGAGGCAGAAGAGGAGCAGGAGCAGAAACUCCAAGCAGCCAUCACCAGAGAAAAAAAACAGAGUGAAUUCCUUAAGGAGAAGGAACAGGAAGUACUGCAGCUUCAGGAGGAGGUGAAGAAUUUCAUCACUCUGGAAAACCUGGAUCAACGGAUAGAGGAAGCUCUGGACAAUCCAAAAAAUUACAACUUUGCCAUUGACAUGGAGGGCAGGUUCGUAAGGAGCCCUGUGAAGCAGGAGGCCACACAGCGUAGCUGAGUAGCCACUGCAUCUGAACCCUACACUGUUCUGCCAAGCUCCCUUCUCUGAAUCGUUUGGGGCUGGGGUGUCAUUGACAUGCAAGAUUAGGAAGGGAAGUGAUGAAUGCCUUCAGACAGUGAGAAAUUAUACAUUAGGUUGAUUAAUUUAGCAUGGUUGAGGUAUGUCCUGACCUUAUAAUCCAGUAACAUUUAACAUCUUCAAAGGCUUCUGAGCGUUUGGUGCCCCCAAAUUCGACUUGUCUAUUGCAUAUGUCCAAAAGAGCUGUUUUCAGGGUGUAUAUCAUGAGUUUUUUUUCAGAAUGUAAAGUCAGUUGAUUUGCUUGUAAACUCCCCUGAGUGUUGUGCUCUGCAACAGUAAAUAUACUUUAAUAAGGCUGGAGUUAAAUUGCACCAAUAAAUACAACUCAAUUUGU